AUGCUGGUGGGGACCUUCAUUCGUGACCGUGGCGUCACACGAACCCGCACAGUUGCCAAAGAUGUCUUGUCAUACCUCCUGGACAACAAGAUCGUUGCAGUUGCCUCUGGAUCGCCCAAGGACUACGCGUCCUGCCUGCGCUCGAUCCAAGCCUUACUUGUUAAGGAAGGUUAUGCACUGGAAAAGCAAUCGGGGCCGACGGAAUAUCGAAUGUCGAAAGCGCAUGAGGAUGCCAGAGACGACUACGUGGUCAUGAUGGUGCCUACCGUGACGAUGGUGCCCCGGCGACCUGUUAUUUACUUGGAUGAGAGCUUCAUUCAUCACCAUUACACCUGA